AUCCCUCUCCCCUGCACAAGAAACCCUCUUCUUCCUCAGCUUUUUACGUAAGUACAUACGUCUGCCCUCCAUGCACCUCCACUUUCUCUCUCUAUCAAUCCCCAACAAGAAACUCUCCCACUUUCUCAUCAUCAUCUUCUCCUUAAUCCUCACCUCCAUUCUCUGCUACGUCGUUUUCAGCCCCUUCCAACCCGCUUCUCUUUUCAAUAUCGGGUUCUUGUACCAAAUCCUACCCGAAAAACCCCGUCUUAGACCUUGUGAUUACUCUUAUGGGAAGUGGAUUUGGGAUGAAACCCUACCCGACAGAAGAUACACUGAGAAGUGCCCGUUUUUGGAUCCGGGCUUCCGGUGCCGUGAGAGUGGCAGACAGGAUCUGGGCUACCAAAAAUGGAGGUGGCAGCCACAAGCUUGUAAUCUUCCGAGAUUUGAUGCAAGUGACUUUCUUGAACGUAGUCGAAAUGGGCGUAUAGUUUUCGCUGGUGACUCCAUCGGUAGAAACCAAUGGGAGUCUCUAAUAUGCAUGUUGGCGCAAGGAGUUUCUAAUCUCUCCACGGUAUAUGAAGAACAUGGGAACCCAAUAACGAAGCAUAAAGGUUUCCUCUCAAUCAAAUUUCAAGAAUACAACCUCACGCUGGAGUAUUACAGAGUACCCUACAUUGUAGUCAUCGAUCGACCACCACCCAAUGCACCCAAGCAAGUUCGAGGAGUGAUUAGGGUCGAUAAAUUGCACUGGUUUUCUGAUAAAUGGAUUGGUGCGGAUGUUCUUAUGUUCAGCGCCGGUCAUUGGUGGAAUCAAGACAAAACACUAAAAUCGGGGCACUAUUUUCAGGAAAAGGAAUAUGUCAACAUGACGAUGAAUGUGUUGGAAGCUUUCUGGAGAUCCUUGAACACGUUGAAACUGUGGGUGAUGACGAAUUUAGAGUCUGGGAAAAGUCAUGUAUUCUUCCGCAGCUACUCACCUAUACACUACAGUGGUGGAGAAUGGAACAAAGGCGGCAGUUGCAAUAUGAGUAGAGAGCCAGAAACAGACUACUCAAAGCUGGGGUCUGAGCCACCAAACAAUAUAAUGAUUCAUGAGGUAGUCGAAGAAAUGAGAAGUGCAAUGAGAACAGUCAACUUUUUGAACAUCACAUAUUUGACGGAAUUCAGAAAAGAUGGUCACCCGUCAAGCAACCGCGAAGCAGGUACUCCGGCUGGCGCCCCAGAGGAUUGCAGCCACUGGUGCUUACCAGGGGUGCCAGACACUUGGAACGAACUCCUCUAUGCCGAGUUGUUGAGAAUGGAAUUUAGAACCAAGACGGCAACAAAGUGAUCAUUAUGCAGCAUCCAUCCGAGGAAUUGAAGAUUUGUAGGGAGCCUCGUCUCCCAUUUAUUAUCUCAACAGAUUCAAUCUCUCAGGUCCAUAUGUGGAAGGAAUCUGCAACAGACUAUAAUGCAUAAUACAGAGACAGCAAUAUGGACAUGAAUACCAGUGAUGCUAAGCGAAUUGCAGGUGAAGUGAUAUAGCACUUGAAGCCUACAUAUGUCAGCAUAGAAAUGGUCGAAAUUAGCUGAAAGACACAACACUUUUAGUAUCAGUUUGGGCACUGGGGAGUCAUGUACUUAGGACUACAAUUGUGAGGAGAUAUUUAUUAUAUUUGAAAAGAGUAAAUUUCAUUCUGAUACUUUAAGUAAUUAU